GUGACUAAAAAUAGCAAAAAAUACCUAUUAAAAAAAUCUAACAAUAAUAAAAAAUAAAAAACUGAUAAUUUUUAAUUCAAUAUUUGUAAUAUUAUGACUGAUAAUUUAAAUCUUGUUCAAAUAAAAAAAAUCUCCAACUGAUAACGCAUAAAAUAAUAAUUGAUAUCGACUGAAAAUCUUAAAUAAUUUCAUGAUUAAGAAAGUACAUAAAAUUCAGUAUGAGGCGAGAAGUUCAGCAAUAAAGAAGUUUAAAGAGAGAAAUAAGAAAAAUUAAAUUAAUUAGAUUGUUAUUCAGAGCAUCUUAAAAUAAGAAAAAUGACUGAAAAUUGGAAGCAAUCAGUAAUAUCAAGAAAAUUUCCAUCAACAUUUUACGAUACAAGAUUUCGUAUGGUAUCACAAUGGAUUUUGGGAAAACAACAAGAAGAUGAUGCUGAAGGAUUAUGGAGAAUUAAAGAUAGUCUUUAUGAUUUUUCUGAUUUUAUUUCAAGACAUCCGGGGGGUAGAUUUUGGUUAGAAACUACAAGGGGGACUGAUAUUACAGAAGCUUUUGAAAUUCAUCAUAUAAGUAUAAUUCCAGAAAAUAUGAUAAAUAAAUUUAAAAUUCGUGAUGCAAAAGAACCAAGAAAUAUAACGUUGACAUUGAAUGAUGAUGGUUUUUAUAAGACAUUAAAGAAAAGAGUUCGAGAUAAAUUGAAAUCAAUUGAUUAUCAUCCAUCUUCAAGGAGUGAUCUUUUACAUACCGGUCUAUUGUUGGCGACAUUUUUAACAGCAAUAAUGAGCGUGAUAUUAAAUAGUAAUUUUAUGACAAUAAUUGCUUCAUUUCUACUAUGUUGGACCGUGAUAUCAUCUCAUAAUUACUUUCAUCGUCGAGAUAAUUGGAGAAUGUAUUGUUUUAAUUUAGGUUUAAUGAAUGUUAAUGAUUGGCGUAUCUCACAUGCUCUAUCACAUCAUAUAUAUACAAAUUCAUUUCAUGAUUUAGAGAUAUCAAUGUUUGAACCAUAUUUUAUGUGGAUACCUAAUCCAUAUGUAAAAACAGCUUUUCAACGUUAUGGUUCAUGGAUUUAUGGACCUUUAAUUUAUGUAUCGUUAUUCCCAAUGUCUUUCAUAAAAAGAAUAAUAUUUUCAUUGAAAAAACAAAAUGUAUUUUAUUAUGAUGAUAUUAUUGCAUUUACACUACCAUUAGCAAUGUAUUUAACAACUGGUGGAACAUUAUACAUUGUUCUUAAAACAUGGAUAUUAAUAAUAUUGGGUGCUAGUUUUAUAUUCUCUUUAAUUGGAUUAAAUGCUGCUCAUCAUCAUCCAGAUAUACAUCAUGAUGGUGAUGUAAUGCGUUCUGAUAGAGAUUGGGGUCUAUUUCAAUUGGAUACUGUUAUUGAAAGAGCUGAUUUUAAAAAUUCACAUUUCUUUACAUUAACACAUUUUGGUGAUCAUGCAAUGCAUCAUUUAUUUCCAACAUUAGAUCAUGGAAUAUUACCACAAUUAUAUCCAAUAUUAUAUGAUACAAUGGAAGAAUUUAAUGGAGAGUUAAGAGAAUGUUCACAGUUACAUCAUUUUAUUGGACAGCAUAAGCAAUUAGCAAGAAUUGAAGCGAAUCCGAUACCAAGAGAUGAAAUAAUUAAAUCUAAAAAGAAAUAAAAUAAAAUUAUUAAAAACACAAUUAAAAUGUUUAAAUACAAAUUAUUUUAAAUCAAAUAUUAAGUUGUUUAAAAAAGGUGUGCCUUCGAGAGUUUUAAAGUUGUAUAUUUUUUAUGAAAAAUAAUUAUUUUUACAACUCAUAAACAGAUGAGAAUAAUUUAAAAUUCCAAACGUGAUUCUUAAUUGUUAUUAAAAAAAUAUAAUAUGUAUAUUAGUUUCAUAGAAUAUUUAAACAUGGGGUGUUUAAAUUUUUCCUCAAUGUGAAUUCCAAAUUUUUUUUUAAUAUUAUAAGAGCUAUAUACUGUAUUUAUCAUAAUAUAUUAUGUAUAUGUGUGUAUUUGCAUUUACAUUAUAAUAUAAGAUUUUUGUUUAUUCAUUGGACUAGAU